GUACAAACAAUUCGCUCAAUUUAUUGAAACUAUUCGUCUCCCCCUGAACCCCGCUCGGUUCCUAAGACGCGCCAUUUGAAAACAAAAAUAGAUCAGUUGCGCCACGAUCGUCAUACUCAAGCAUACAUCAUGAGAUUGCAGUGUGUAUUAUUAGUUUUCGUAUUACUACAAUUCGGAGUUAUCGAUUGUAGAUACGUUUCUUGGUUGCCGGACGUUUUGGGCACUGUUACCAACAAAACAACUCAAUUAACGAAUUAUGUUCGAGAAAAGGGCCGCAGCAUAAAACAUUUCUACGUAGAAAAUGUACGAAAUAAGAUAACGUCGUACUUCGGAAUUAACAAUAAAGAUGAAUCGGAGUAUUCUGGGGAUGAUAAGCAAGUAAGAAUAAAAAAUAAAUUUAAUGAAUACAUUUCGGAAGCCCAACAAAAUGACAAUAAAUUAUUUGACGUGAUCGCCUCUCAUCAGUUGGAGUACAAAUGUUCGGACGACGAUCCAUCGAUUUUGAUGACCACUCCACAACUGAUAGCUCUUCAUGGAUACUCAGCGGAGUCGCACACAGUGGUUACUGAUGAUGGAUACAUUUUGACUGUGCACAGAAUACCUUAUCCGAAGAAAAUCACCAACAGAAUUAUCCCCAGGAAGACUGUGUUACUUCAUCACGGACUCCUCGGUAGCUCAGCCGAUUGGAUCAUAGCUGGACCAGAAAAGAGCCUUGGCUACAUAUUAUCUGACGCCGGAUAUGACGUUUGGCUGGCUAAUGUUCGAGGUAACACUUACUCUCGAGCUCACGUCUCACGGCCCUCUGAUUCAUUCGCAUUCUGGAACUUUACAUUCCACGACGUUAGUCAACACGAUCUACCUGCUGUUAUCGACUACAUAAUGGAUGUAAAGGGAUGGGACGCCAAAGUUAACUAUGUUGGUCAUUCAAUGGGCACCACUAUAUUGUUCGCCCUACUUUCCACAAAAACGCAAUAUAAUAAAAUUUUAAGGGCCGGUUAUGCUUUAGCGCCAGUCGCCUACAUGUCUGAUAUAAAAAGUCCGAUUCGUUUACUAGCAAAAUUUAGUAACAAUAUUGAAUUUUUAAUGAAACUUUUGGGUGCAAAUGAAUUUCUCCCUCAAAAUGCCGUUUUGCGUUGGUUAUCGAAAAAGGCUUGUGAGAUUAAUAAUUUCGAAGAGGCGAUCUGUGAAAACUCCCUGUUUGUGUUAUGCGGCCACGACGAAAAACAAUUUAACAUAUCUUUGCUGCCAAUUAUAUUGGGUCACGUUCCCGCCGGCGCAUCAACAAAGACGCUUGUUCAUUACGCACAGGAAAUACGGAACAAGGGUCGAUUUCAACAAUUUGAUUACGGAGCAGAAGGCAACUAUAAAGAGUAUGGUACCGAAACUCCACCUGAGUAUCCUCUGCACAAAGUGACACUGCCUAUUGCUUUAUUAAGCUCUCAAAAUGACUGGCUAGCUGGCGACGCGGACGUAGUAAACUUAUAUGAUCAGUUAUCAAAUCCUAUAGAACAUUAUGUUGUGCCAUUGAAAGAGUUUAACCAUAUUGAUUUUCUGUGGGCUAAAGAUGCCCCGAAACUUGUGUAUGCAAAACUUCUGCAGUUAUUAGAAGAAGGUGUAAGUAAUAACUAUAAUAUGGACAUAGAGAACGCUAUAAUUUAAUGAUUGUGUAGUUAUUAACACUGUUAUAAUGUAUAUUUUUUAUAUUAAAUUUAAUUACAUGACGUAAAAAAAUGUGAUAUUUGAUGUGACUAAACAUGUUUAAUAGUGUGACCGUCUAUAAUUUUUGAAACCAAAAAAAAAUUAUAUUAGGAUGAAACCCGUUAAAAAAGGACGAAAAUAUAACCAAAAUGAAAGUAAUAAUAAUUUACGGGCGAUCUGAGGUCGAAGUGUAAGGGGGUGAGUUUUUAAAGGUAAAAAAGGUUUAUCUCGAUUUCCGGAAAAACUACUAGUCCUAUGGAAAAAAAUUAAAUGACAAAUUGUAGGUAAUAAAGAGACCUACAACUUUUAUAAUUACACUUUUUUUUACAUAACCUCAAAAUUUAUGUGAAAAAUUGAAAUAAUUCAGUUUUUGGUUUUAUAUUUUUAUCUUACGCAAAAUAAAAAAUUCUUUUUACGUGAAAUUUGUUGAAACCUUACCUUUUUAUGGCCCAAAGACACCUUAAUAGACUGUAAUUUUUUUUUUAAUUUUUUUUUAAUCACUAUGUACAAUUUUGAGCUAUUUGGUAAAAUUUACACUUUAAUUACCUACUUGAAAACCGUAACAUUCCAUGUUAUAUUGUUAAACAAAAAAAUACAAAACAAAAUAAUAGAAAUUCUUCUUCGACCGUUGUUAUAAUACACUUACUGCUAAGUAUUAUUAUUAUGAUGAUGAAUAAAACAAAUAUUUUAC